UUAAUCGGAAUGACAAUAAAAAAAGAAUGACUGUGUCAACUCUUUCUUAAGGGAAGCAGAAAGGAAACUCCAGCAAUAUAAUAUACUUGACCCAAAAAAAGAGAGACGAGUAUUAGAGAGAGAUGUCUACGGACACAAUCAUCAAAGAUGAAGAUUCCUUUGUUUCUAAUACUGAUGCAAUCAUAUAUGCUGCUUCUGAUAUUUCAGGUUGGACUCAAAGCCUUAUCUCCGAUCCCAACAUUCCUAAUUCGUCUAAUUCGACGAGUGUAGACGAUCUCCACUGCUGCUGCUGCUGCUGCUGCAAGUGGGAUCUUUCUACAGUUGUUGUUUGCAGUAAUAAAGAUGAUGAGGAGGAUAAAGGAUCAGAGAGCAAUAAAAGGCUGAAAUCUAGCGCUGAAUCUGAAUUUGAUGGCGGUUUAUUGGCAGAGAUUGGUGGGGCUGCUAAUAAAGAAACUAGCGUUAGGCUUGUCAAUAAUCUAGACACAGCGGAUGCGCUUGUCAGGGACAUAAGAAUCAGGGGCGGAUCCAAUGUUAUUAAGAAUACUUAGCGAUUUCACAAUCAAGGGCGGAACCAUGAGAGAAAGAUCCAAGUACGCAUGCUCGUGCCGGUAGAUAAAGAUUCAUGCUAACUGUUUUAUCGGAGACUUCAAGGUAUGCAUGCUCGGUGUCCACAGGCUCGGAGUCACCUUCCUUUAUCCUCAUUUAAUGUUGUAUUUACUUUUAGACAGUGAUGUAGUAGUUACUCUUGUUAUACUCUAUAGAUCUUAUGACUUGGUUCCACCGGUUUUGGGGUAUGUAGUAUGAGAUUCGGUUUUCGGAAGUUUUUUUUAUCUA